CAAUCCUUCACGAUUUACCUCCCCUUUCCCCGUACCAACAAGAUGCGCACACCACUCAUCCAAACGAUACGGCAAGUUAAGCCCACUCGUCGCCUCCUACAGUCCCCCCAGACCGAACAACCACUAUCGACAUUGUCAACGCAUCCCCUCCGCAUCACCACAACCGCAACAACACCACCCAGACUCCAAACCCAGAAACCCACAAACCAGCAACAGCGCCGAACCUUCCUCUCCUCCUUCCUCCCCGGAAACAGCCCCAAUGGCUCCAACAAGAAUGACGAUCCCUCCUCGCGCACCCGCCGCCUAACCGCCACCCGCACGCUCCCUUACCCACCGGGCCCCCUCUUCGAAGUCAUCUCCGACGUCCAGUCCUACGCCUCCUUCCUCCCCUUCCUCACCGCCAGCACCGUCACCCACCGCGACCCCGCGACAAACUACCCGACGCGCGCCUUUCUCACCGUCGGCUACGGUCCGCUCAGCGAGACCUUCACCUCGAAGGUGGACUGCGACGCGGACCGGCUGACGGUGACGGCGCAGAGUGGGGCGCGGUUCGGGGUGGAGAAGAAGGAUGGACAGGAUGUGAGUAGCAGCUCCAGCAGCGCGGGGAACGCAGGCGGAUUUGGGUUCGGGUUUCCGGGGGCGGAGGAAGGGAUCUUCGAGUAUUUGAGCACCAAGUGGGAGUUGGUGGAUGUUACCGGGGAAAUGGGGGGACAGGGGAAUAUGACCAGGGUGCAUUUGGAGAUUGGGUUUGAGUUCAAGAACCAGUGGCAUGCUACCAUGAUGAGCGCCGUGGAGGGGCAAAUGGCUGGGGUUAUGAUUGAGGCGUUCGAGAAGAGGAUUGGGGAGGUCGUUGGGCGGCGGUAAUACCUGUGGAUGGGUGGCCGAGGGUGUAUGUAAAGAGUUGGAGGUGUUUACCUUCAACACUGCGGGCAAGAAAGAGUGGAAGAAAGGAUUCAUGUCUAUAUUCCAAGUGGGGGAAUGCUUGUACUUUAU